AUGAACUUUGACGAAAUUGAAGAACAAGACGGAAUCCGUUUCUCGUGGAAUGCUUGGCCAUCUUCACGUACUGAAGCUACUAAAGCUGUUGUACCUAUCGCCUGUCUUUAUACACCUUUAAAGGAACGCGAAGACUUUGUAACAAACCCUAUUUGGUAUGAGCCUGUUGCCUGUAAAGCUCCCUGUCGAGCCAUCUUGAACCCUUACUGUCAAAUCGAUGUACGUGGAAAACUUUGGAUUUGUCCCUUCUGUCUUCAGAGAAACGCACUUCCACCUCACUACAAGGAUAUUUCCAACACGAAUCUUCCUGCCGAACUCUUGCCUAAAUAUACCACCAUCGAAUAUAAUUUGAACCGCGUCGCUCAAAUUCCACCCAUCUUUUUAUUUGUUGUCGACACUUGUCUCGAAGAAGAGGAUUUAAAAGCUCUCAAGGAAAGUCUGAUUGUCAGUUUGAGUUUAUUGCCUGAGUAUGCUUGGGUUGGUUUAAUCACAUUUGGCACAAUGACACAAGUCCAUGAAUUGGGUUUUGCCGAUUGUCCCAAAUCCUUUGUUUUCCGUGGAACAAAGGAUUAUGCUGCAAAGCAAAUUCAAGAAAUGUUGGGUUUAACUAACAAUCCUUCUCGUCCUGCUCCUGGUGCUUCUGCUCAACAGAACAGACCUGGUCCUCAAAUGGCUGCCAACAGAUUCUUGCUUCCUGUCAAGGAUUGUGAAUUUGUAUUGACAUCCAUCUUGGAAAAUCUUCAACGUGAUCCUUGGCCCGUGGCCGAUGAUAAGCGACCUGAAAGAUGUACGGGUGUUGCUAUGAGUGUUGCCGUGGGUCUUUUAGAGACUUCUUUCCCCAACACGGGUGCACGCAUGAUGUUGUUUUCCGGUGGUGCUGCCUCAGAGGGACCUGGUAUGGUUGUCAGUAACGAAUUAAGAGAGCCUAUUCGAUCUCAUCACGAUAUCGAAAGAGAGUCCGCCAAACAUUAUAAGAAGGCUACCAAGUUCUAUGAGGCAUUAGCCAAGCGUGCUUCACAAAAUGGACAUACCAUCGAUAUUUUUGCUGGUUGUUUGGAUCAAAUUGGUUUAUUGGAAAUGCGAUCGAUGGUCAAUCAUACAGGUGGAUUCAUGAUUUUGGCGGAUUCUUUUAAUACGGCUAUCUUUAAGCAAAGUUUCCACCGUAUUUUCCAAAAGGAUGCUCAGGGACAUUUGCAGAUGGGUUUUAAUGCGACGAUGGAUGUACAAACGACGCGUGAAUUAAAGGUAUGUGGUAUGAUUGGUCAUGCCGUAUCUGCCAACAAGAAGACAGCCUUUGUGGGAGAAACCGAGAUUGGUAUUGGUAACACUUCAGCCUGGAAGAUGUGUUCCUUGAACCAUGAAACCACGAAUGCCGUGUAUUUUGAGGUUGUCAACCAACCUUCUGCUCCCUUCCAAGCAGGUUCGCGUGGAUUGAUCCAAUUCGUCACGCAUUAUCAACAUUCUACCGGUCAAUUCCGUCUUCGUGUGACCACCGUAGCUCGUAACUUUGCAGAGGGACAGAGUCCAGAGAUUGCCAACUCAUUUGAUCAAGAGACCUCUGCUGUUCUUAUGUCACGUAUUGCUGUCUUCAAGGGCGAAAUUGAUGAUGGACCCGAUGUGUUACGCUGGUUGGAUCGUAUGUUGAUCCGUCUCUGUCAACGAUUUGCUGACUAUCGUAAAGACGAUCCUCAUUCUUUCAGAUUGUCCGAAAACUUUUCAAUUUAUCCUCAGUUUAUGUUUCAUUUAAGACGUUCUCAAUUCUUGCAAGUCUUUAAUAACUCGCCCGAUGAAACUGCAUUCUACCGUCAUACUUUGAACCGUGAAAACGUGGAUUCAUCACUCAUCAUGAUUCAACCUACAUUGACAUCUUAUAGCUUUGACACACCACCUCAACCUGUAUUAUUAGAUUCGAUCUCGAUUAAACCCGACGCGAUUUUAUUAUUGGAUACGUUUUUCCACAUCUUAAUUUUCCACGGUGAGACGAUUGCACAAUGGCGUAAAGCAGGAUAUCAAGACCAAGAAGGAUACGAAAACUUCAAGGCUCUGUUGGAAGCCCCCGUUUUAGACGCCCAAGACUUAUUGUUGGAGAGAUUCCCUGUGCCUCGUUACAUUGAUUGUGAUCAAGGAGGUUCUCAAGCUCGUUUCUUGCUUUCCAAAUUAAAUCCUUCCACCACGCAUACCUCAGGCAGUCCUUACAGUGCUGCUGCAGGUGCCGUCGUCCUCACCGAUGAUGUCAGUUUGCAAGUGUUUAUGGAACAUUUGAAGAAGUUGGCCGUUGCUGGUGCCUCUUAA